AUGGCAUCUUACGCAACUGCUGAGCCUCAGUUUGUUGAAGUUAAUGGCACCCGAUUUGCCUAUCUUCGCUUCGGUUCAACAGCGAAGACCACUGUUCCUCUGGUGUUCCUUGUGCACUUUCGAGGCACCUUUGAUCACUGGGACCCUGAGUUGAUUGACCCUAUCUCGGCUACCCGUGAGGUCAUUCUCCUGGACAAUUCCGGUGUUGGAAAGAGCAGCGGAACAGUCCCCGGCACAUAUGCCGAAUGGGCCGACAACGUCGCCCAAGUUGUUAAGGCACUUGGCAUCUCCCAGAUUGACCUACUUGGUUUCUCCAUGGGCGGUUUUGUCGCUCAGAUGACAGCGCUCAACUACCCCACUCUCAUUCGCAGGCUUAUUCUUGCUGGAACCGGACCUAGUGCUGGCGAAGGUAUUGAGGGCGGCGAUAGUGCUGCAUUCGGACGUCUUGCUUCAGCCUCGAAUGAUGAUGAGGAGCGCGGCGGCUUCUUGGAGGGCUUUUACUCUCUAACACCCGCAAAGCAAUCUUCGGGCGAUAAGUGGUGGAAGCGCAUGACAACUGCUCGCUCAAACAGGUCUGACUACCUCGGACCUGAAGGCACAAAGGCUCAGAUUGGCGCCGUCCUUCGUUGGUCGAACCCUGAGUACGCAUCUGAAGGCUCAUACAACCGUCUGCAUGAGAUCAAGAUUCCCGUCCUUGUCGCCAAUGGCGAUAACGAUAUUCUCGUCCCCACAGUCAACAGCUGGGUCAUGUUUAAGAGACUGACCAACGCUGAUGCCCACCUCCACAUUUACCCGGAUGUGGGUCACGGGUUCCUGAAUGAGUACGCGGGCCAGUUCUCGAGCCUGGUCAAUCAGUUCUUGGACGUCUAA